UCAGGGCCGAAAGCACUUUGGUUCCGGGUUCCUACCGCGGGGUUCUUCUUCCGGACACGUUAUUGUUGCAUCAGCAUCCUCCGACUCUCCAGCACGGCGGCGAUGUCGACUUCAGCAGAGCCAGCCUUUGAGUUUGGCUUCUUGCUUGAGAUAAGUGAGGAGGCCCCGCUGGCAGCGGCCCUCAACGACUACCUGAGCCCCCGCAGCUACCUGGCCGGGUUCAGCCCCUCCCAGGCCGACCAGACGGCCUUUAGGCUCCUCCGCGGGCCCCCCCACCCGCGGCAUGUCCACGCUCUGCGCUGGUACAGACACAUAGCCGCCCUGCAGCCGGACCUCCACCCCGAGAGCAGCAUGACAGGGAAGCGUGUUCAGCCGCCCUGGUCUCCUCCAGCGGGGACAGAUGUUCCUUCACUUCACCUCUACAACAGCCUGACCAGAGCGAAGGAGCCGUUUGUCCCUCAGAGGGGGAACCGGGUGACGUGGUACUGCUGCGGCCCGACGGUGUACGACGCCUCGCACAUGGGACACGCCAGAUCCUACAUAUCGUUUGAUAUUCUGCGAAGGAUUCUGAAGGACUACUUCAAGUACGAUGUUCUUUACUGCAUAAACAUCACAGACAUCGACGACAAAAUCAUCAGAAGGGCCCGGCAGAACCACCUCCUGGACCAGUACAAGAAGAAACAGCCCCAAGCUGCUCAGAUACUGCAGGACGUCCUGAACGCCAGAGAGCCCUUUAAGGUCGCCCUGGCCUCCACCACCGACCCGGAUAAGAAGCAGAUGAUGGAGAGGCUCGACGCCGCCGUCUCCGCCGCUCUGCUGCCCCUGCAGGCGGCGGCCGAGGGCAAAGCCGCUCACGAGGUCGUGCAGCCGCUUGCCGAGGUUCUGUUGGAGAACUCGAAGGACCUGCUCUCUGAUUGGUUGGACAAGCAGUUUGGGAGCGAAGUCACAGAGAAUUCCAUCUUCUCCGUUCUCCCUAGUUACUGGGAGGGAGAGUACCACAGAGACAUGGAGGCCCUGAACGUUCUUCCUCCGGACGUGCUGACUCGAGUCAGCGAAUACGUGCCGGAGAUCGUGGAGUUUGUGAGGACGGUCGUCUCCAACGGUUACGGGUACGAGUCCAACGGCUCCGUCUACUUCGACACGCUGAAGUUCGACGGCAGCCCGCAGCACUCGUACGCCAAGCUGGUGCCCGAGGCGGUGGGGGAUCAGAAGGCCCUGCAAGAAGGAGAAGGCGACCUGAGCAUCUCCGCCGACCGGCUCAGUGACAAGAAGUCCUCCAAGGACUUCGCCCUGUGGAAAGCCUCCAAGCCCGGGGAGCCUUCGUGGGACUCGCCGUGGGGGAAGGGGAGGCCCGGCUGGCACAUCGAGUGCUCGGCGAUGGCCGGCUCCAUCUUGGGGGAGUCCAUGGACAUCCACGGGGGGGGGUUUGAUCUCCGGUUCCCCCAUCACGACAACGAGUUGGCUCAGUCCGAGGCUUUCUACCAGAACGAUUGCUGGGUCCGAUACUUCCUGCACACUGGACACCUGACGAUCGCAGGCUGCAAGAUGUCAAAGUCUCUGAAGAAUUUCAUCACCAUUAAAGACGCCUUGGCGAAGAACACAGCUCGUCAGCUCCGUCUGGCCUUCUUAAUGCACUCCUGGAAAGACACCCUGGACUACUCCUCCAACACGAUGGAGUCGGCCGUGCAGUACGAGAAGUUCAUGAAUGAGUUCUUCCUGAAUGUCAAAGACGUCCUGCGAGCUCCCACCGACAUCACGGGGCGCUUUGAGAAAUGGGAGGCGGCCGAGAUGGAGCUCAACAACAGUUUCUACGACAGGAAGUCGGCCGUCCACGCGGCGCUGUGCGACAAUGUGGACACCCGCACCGCCAUGGAGGAGAUGAGGGUGCUGGUCGGCUUGAGCAACAGUUACAUCGCCGGCAGGAAGGGCGCCAAGCUGAGGCCCAACCGCAUGCUGCUGGAGGGCAUCGCCACGUACCUCACAGGCAUGCUGAAGGUAUUUGGCGCCAUCGAAGGAUCGGAGCCCAUCGGCUUCCCGGUGGGAGGACAGAGUCAGAGCAUCGAUCUGGAGAGCACCGUGAUGCCGUACCUCACCGUGCUGUCAGAUUUCAGAGAGGGAGUCCGAAAAAUCGCCCGAGAGCAGAAAGUGACGGAGUUGCUGCAGCUGUGUGACGUCGUCCGUGACGACACGUUACCGGAGCUCGGGGUCCGACUAGAAGACCACGAAGGUCUGCCCACGGUGGUGAAGCUGGUGGACAAGGAGACGUUGCUGAAGGAGAGAGAGGAGAAGAAGCAGAUGGAGGCGGAGAAGAAGAAGAAGAAGGAAGACGCCGCCAGGAGGAAACAGGAGCAGGAGAUGCUCAAACUGGCCAAGAUGAAGCUCCCUCCGGGCCAGAUGUUCCGCACGGAGACCGAAAAGUAUUCCAAGUUUGACGAAACGGGUUUCCCCACCCACGACGCUGAAGGAAAGGAGCUGAGCAAAGGACAAGCCAAGAAGCUGAGGAAGCUCUUUGAGGCCCAGGAGAAGCUGCACAACGACUUCCUGCAGAUGAACCUGAGCGGCGACUGAUCAGACAACAACAACAACAACAACAGUCAAAGAGUUACAUUUGAAAUAAGUUCUUUGUGUGAAGCUGUGAAACACUUUUCAUCUUGUUGUUCCUCAUCGAGCCUCCACAGCUUCUGGUUGCCAUGACGCCUGGCGAGCUCCUCCACGCGUUUCGGUGUCUCCUUUUACUUUGAAAUGAACCGUCUGCAUCCACACUAGAAGGAAGUGACUGAGGACAGAGCUAUUAUCUUCCUCAUCUUCAUCACCCUCAACAUCUGUCUGAUCAAUCAGGUUUUUUUCAGUAUUCUUUCAGAAGAAUCCUGGUUUUAAUGGUUGAACACAAAGACGUUCGCGUUACAUCUUUUAUCAUCUCAACUUCCAAUCGUUAUAUUCACGGUUCACAUAAAUUGUGGCUCAUUAUCUGAAUAGAAUAUUCAUGAUCAGAUCAAUAAAUACAGUGAAUGUAUUUUUACUGAGUUCCUCCUGUGAAUUGGAUUCAAACUGAAUAAAAAGCAACAAAUAAUCUUGAUUUUUUUUCUGUAGAAACCGUUACUAUGGUUACUAAUAGCUAUUAGUGGUAUUUCAACAAAAUAUUUUGUUCCUGUAUUUGAUGGAAUUCACAAAUCUACAAUAAUAAGCGUGACCAGUGCUCUUUAGCAGCUACUGGGUCUUGAACAUUUUGGGUUAUUUUAGGAUGUUAUUAGUUCCACUUAUUAUUCUAGAAAGGUUCUGGAUUUGUCUUGAAGGAUGUUGAUGUUCUGUUGGUUGUCUUGUGUCAUUUAAUCUCCAAAUGAAAAGACCAAACUAUGUGUUUGUCUCUGAGCUCUUUCUGACUUGUCUAACUAAACACUGGGGAUGUAAAUAUUAAACCAGCCGAUCUACUUACGAACCAUUCGAGUCAAUAAAGCUCUGCGUCACUGG